AUGGCUUCUUCCACAAAAUUACACUCGGCUACAUUGGUUACUAACAUUAAAACUUGUGUUCCCAUUCAACUUGAUGAUGAAGGAACAAAUUUCAAUACUUGGGUAACUCUCUUUAAGCUUCAUUGUCGGGCUCAUCUUGUGGAUAUCCACAUUCUUCCUGAUGACUCUACUAAAGCAUCGGUUUCUAAGGACUCUGAAUGGCAACGUCUUGAUGAUAUUGUCCGCACGUGGAUUUAUUGUACUAUUAGUCCUUCUCUUCUUACAUCGAUUAUCCGUCCUGAUGAUAGUGCUUUUGAUGCUUGGACUCGCAUUGAAAAUAAUUUUCAAAACAACAAAUCUUCUCGUAUUCUUCAUCUUGAGUCCAAAUUCAAUGAUAUUUCCCUUGCUAAUUUCCCGAAUGUGAAGGCUUAUUGCAACGAACUUGAGAAUCUUGCUACUUCCCUUAACAAUCUUGGCUCUUCUAUUUCCGACAAUCGAUUGGCUCUUCAAGUUCUUCAUGGUUUGACUACUGACUACCGUACCUUUCGAUCCUUGGUUCAACACAUCUCUCCCAUUCCUUCCUUUGAUACUCUUCGCUCCAUGUUAGAAUUGGAAGAGCAUUCUCACCACAAAGAAACUUUUUCCUCUCAUGAUUCCGCUCUCAUUACUACUCCCAAACCUUCCUCCAUUGAAAAUUCUAAAAAUUUUGAACCCCGGGAUACCUCUAACCACCAUGGUGGCCACCGCCACCACCGCCGUGGUGGCCGGUCCAGCCGCAGCCCCUCCCACCGCACCAAUCCCCACCAUGGGCAGCAAUACCGUCCAUCCAGAACAACCCAGUUCAGCCGGCCCACCAAAUCCAGCCCAUCUUCUUUUCCCUCUUGGAAUCCAGUAGCUUUGCCAUAUUGGGCCCAGCCUCCAUGUUCGUUCCCUACUCAACCUUGGGCACAUCAGAAAAUGCAUACUCCUUCUCACAAUAGGCUUCCCUCUGCUGGGCUUCUUGGACCAAGGCCUGCUCAAAGUUUUCAUGCAACUAAUUCUUCCUCUCCGGGCUAUUUUCCUACGGACAUCGAUCAAGCCAUGCAUACUUUAUCUUUAUCUUCUCCGGAUGAGCAAUAUUACAUGGACACCGGCGCCACUUCCCAUAUGACUUGA